UCUUCAAGAUCAUUCACGAGGCUGGCUCGAGCUUCAAAUGAAAAAUUGUUGAAGCCUUAACCACUAGGCAAUAAUGAAUUAUUACCUAAUCAGCCUUUAGGGUUUUCAGUUCUUAGCGAAUAUAAUGUUUUUUUGAAUCUUUUCGAAAUUCUUUUUGAAUUCGACGAUCACGACAAAAACCGACAAUCUCUCACGACGAAUCGUAACAGCAUCAUUCAAAAUGGCUGAAUCCGGAGACAAGACCACCAACCCCAUGAAGGAGCUUAAAAUCCAGAAGCUCGUUCUCAACAUCUCUGUCGGAGAAUCUGGUGACAGACUUACCCGUGCUGCCAAAGUUUUGGAACAAUUGAGUGGUCAAACCCCAGUUUACAGUAGGCAUACACCAAUUACUUUUAUCAUCAAUUUAUCUCUAACAAUUAAUUUACAGGCAAGGCCAGAUAUACCGUCCGUACCUUCGGUAUUCGUCGUAACGAAAAGAUCGCUGUUCACGUCACUGUCCGUGGACCAAAGGCUGAGGAAAUUUUGGAGCGUGGAUUGAAGGUCAAGGAAUAUGAACUCCGCAAGCGCAACUUCUCCCAAACUGGUAACUUCGGUUUCGGUAUCUCCGAACACAUCGAUCUCGGUAUCAAGUACGACCCUGCGAUCGGUAUUUACGGAAUGGAUUUCUACGCAUGCAUGACCCGUCCUGGUGAGCGUGUUGCUAAGCGUCGUCGCUGCAAGACUUCCAUUGGUGCCAACCACAAGAUCAAGCGUGAUGAGACUGUCAAGUAUGUUUGCGCCGAACUUCUCAUUAUAUGUCUUCAUACUAAUAUUUUCUACUUAGAUGGUUCAAGAACCGUUUUGAAGGUAUCGUCAGAUAAACGUUUCAAAUAAAAAAUAUGGCAUGGGCUUCGAGUGAAUCGAUCCGGCAAUUUCUUUAGAAUUUGUCGCAACGUGGGGCUUAUGGAGUUAAUGAAAGGGGCAUCAUUGGUUGUACUUUACUGCAUCUACGGAUCAGAUUACAAUGAAGCAGUUCAUCCAACUGUUCAGCUUGACUCCUAUUAGGAUCAAGUCUGCGGCCUUAGAGACCGACCGGCUUGCCGGCUUUUCUUGCAAGUGCUAAGUGCAUAUUUGUGAAAUCAAUGA